UGGUCAACAAAAUAAAUUAAUGGUUAAAUUGGUUGGACCUUGUGGUAAUUGCUCCAAAUAAAAAGAAUAAAUAAUGUCAGCUAGAUAUAAUUAAAUAAAUGUAUCAGAAGUUGACCAUAAAGGAUUAAUCCCCUCCCUAGAUCCAUCACUUUGAUGCCUAGCUCUGAAAGAGAACAAAAUGGCAACAACCAUAGCAUUCAGCUUGUGUUCUCUACUAAUGGCUGCACUCUUUGGUUACUCUGCAUCAGUCCAGCUAAAUGACCCUGAUUGGUACUUUUGGCUCCCUCUUUAUGCUUGUGCUUGUGCUGUUAAUCUGGUGAACUGGGCAAUCUCUAAUACAACAAUCAGGCAAAUUGCCAAGGUGACAUUAUGGUUUGCUGCACUCUUGUUUGUAAAGGUUGUAAUAGAAGAUUAUGUGAAUGGAACAGCUGGCUUCUGGUCAUUAGAUGUGAGUGAGAGGGUUGUAAGGGAGAAAACUGGAAGUGGGUUGGUUCUAAUUUCCAUGAUUUUGCAUUUGGAAGCAUCAUCAGAACCUAAACAUUCCAAGAUGCCAAGAAAGAGAAGGGAGUUCCCAAGAUCUGUUGAAUAUGGGAUGGCAAGCUUGGUGAUCUUCAGUUUAGGACUUCCUUUUGUUUUCUUUGUGAUUCAUGAUGGAGAAAUGAAGUUUGAUCAUAUCAAGGAACAAAACAAUGUGAAAUCCUUUUAAAAUGGGACAUUUCUGAUUUGGCUUGCACACUGUUAAUUUGUUCCACCAGACUCAAUUGCCAACUUCCUCCUCGCAAA